AUGAUGCAGACUUUAAGCAUCAAAGUACACAAACUGAACAAACUUUAUCCUUUGUAUAUAAUUCUCUGAAGUAUAUGCCAUCAUUUCAAGGGCAGCUUAUGCAUAAACAAAUCAUUUGUGAAAGAGAAAAACCACAUCCAGGGUAAAGUCAUAAGGUGAAAAAGCCUAUUUCAGAAAGCACUUCCUGAAAGAGACAAAGCAGCAAUUACAGUCAGCUCAGCACCAACUCCUAUGCCAAGCGUUACACUGGAAGCUACUUUUUAAAGCAACAAACGUCUAAAACAAAAUACGACAUUUCUUAAAUACACUGUUUCCAGAAAGAGCUAUUUUAACAGAGGCAACUCAAAGAUAUCUCUUCAACAGAAGCGGGUAUGCUGAAAAAUGUUCAUCUCUUAUACAGCCUAUUGAUGGAAAGGAGUUUCUAAGUGUCAUGCCUACCAACAAGCUGUAAAAUGAUCACCCUGAACGAUCAAGAUCAACCUGUCCCUUUUAACAACUCACAUCCAGGUGAAUACAAAAUUGCGGCCCUUGUCUUCUACAGCUGUAUCUUCAUAAUUGGAUUAUUUGUUAAUGUCACUGCAUUAUGGGUUUUCAGUUGUACCACCAAGAAGAGAACCACUGUAACCAUCUAUAUGAUGAACGUGGCAUUACUGGACUUGAUAUUUAUCAUGACUUUACCCUUUCGAAUGUUUUAUUACGCAAAAGAUGAAUGGCCAUUUGGAGAGUACUUCUGUCAGAUUCUUGGAGCUCUCACAGUGUUUUACCCAAGUAUUGCUCUAUGGCUUCUUGCCUUUAUUAGUGCCGACAGAUACAUGGCCAUUGUACAGCCGAAGCAUGCCAAAGAACUUAAAAACACGUGCAAAGCCGUGCUGGCUUGUGUGGGAGUAUGGAUAAUGACCUUGACCACGACCAUCCCUCUGCUAUUGCUCUAUAAAGACCCGGAUAAAGGCUCCAGCCCCGCCACCUGUCUCAAGAUUUCUGACAUUAUCUAUCUAAAAGCUGUGAACGUGCUGAACUUCACUCGACUGACAUUUUUCUUCUUGAUUCCCUUGUUUAUCAUGAUUGGGUGCUACUUGGUCAUUAUUCAUAGUCUCCUUCACGGAAGGACGUCUAAGCUGAAACCCAAAGUCAAGGAGAAGUCCAUAAGGAUCAUCAUCACGCUGCUGGUGCAGGUGCUCAUCUGCUUUAUGCCCUUCCACAUCUGUUUUGCUUUCCUGAUGCUGGGAUCAGGGGAUAACAGUUAUAAUCCCUGGGGAGCCUUUACUACCUUCCUCAUGAAUCUCAGCACGUGUCUGGAUGUGAUUCUCUACUACAUUGUUUCAAAACAAUUUCAGGCUCGAGUCAUUAGUGUCAUGCUAUACCGUAAUUACCUUCGAAGCAUGCGCAGAAAAAGUUUCCGAUCUGGUAGUUUACGGUCACUAAGCAAUAUAAACAGUGAAAUGCUAUGAAUAAUAGAAAGGUUUUUUUACUUCAAUCCCAUUAAAAUUCACUUUACGAACUAGUCUGGGGUCAAUGAGUAUUCUGUAUAAUACUAUCAAGUCCCUUUUCUCUUGAAAAAAAUAAAUUCAUUAUCUUCAUUUAAAAAACUUA